AAAUGCGAACCGCAAACGGCCCCCUCAACACCUGGAAACCCGCACGAUUCUGAUAACUGCGACUCAGGGGUGAAGUUCGGACCUUCCCCCUUACGUGCGCCUAGUUAUGUUUUUUAACAGAUGCAAGCGAACGACACAAAAUUGGUUUUCAUUGUGGAUUAGUAAUAAAACCUCUUAAGUUUCGUUUCUUCCGUCGCUAUCCGCUUCCGCAGAAACAGCUGUCCUUGCUUCGUGAGAGGCAGAGUAAAUCAUAAAACGACGGAGUACAUCACCACAGAGCUCACGACACCAGAGCCGAGAAACAUGAACAGGAGAAACAGGAAAAAACAGCUCUCUAGGGAUGAUUUGCUUAGCGUUGGAUUUGACUUUAUAGAAUUUCUGUCGGAAAGCGAAAGGAGAUCCAUUACUGAUAGAAUAACUCUUAAAACCAUCUAUAAUGAAGAGUUCCGACACAGGGAUGGAGUCAGAGACCCAAACUUCUCUUCAGUCCUCUUUGUGUUGAGAAACAGCAGCAAAGCGCGCAUCACCAGAUCAGGACACGUUUACUUUAAAAAUAAUGUCCGAGUGCUGCACGAUCAAUGGUUUAGACCCUGUCACAGACAACAAAAUCAAGCUACUCCACCUCUGAGUAACGGUAGCUCAUCACCCCCCGCUAGUGACCAGAUUCCUGACCCAUCGUCGGUGCCAGGGCCAGAAGAUGGAGUCAGAGGAAGGAGGACACUGUCAAAAGCCAUACUGAAGAGAAUAUACACUACAGAAAGGACUGUGUUUAUUGCUGAUAAAAGUGGGGUGCGGGUAUCUUCAGAACUGCAGACAGAGGAUGGCAUGAUUCAGCUGUUUGUGGAGAAGGCAGAAAUUCGUGAGCUAAAGUUGUUUGUGGAGAACACAGGUCAGGAUGCUGUGUAUUUCACAUACUACACUGCUCUUCAUUGGCUGCAGUAUUUCACUCUGGAAGACAGCAGAAGAGUCACACGUAACAAUCCACUCCUUCUGGAGCCAUAUGAGAAGUACGAGGUGACCUUAAGAUUCAAAGCAGAACACAUAGGAGUCUAUCCUGCCACUCUGGCAUUCGAGUUCAUGGAAAACACCCAACCCGCCACCCGUCCUUUCCACAUUGUUCGGUUCAUUCAGGCAGAAUACAGAUCUGAGCUUGCAGCUUUGCUGGGUCCAGAAGAACCAUUCAGACCUAAGAGGCUUGAGACAUAUGAACCUGCGAGGUGCAACAUAGAUGAGGGGGUUCAACCUGAGAGUUCUGCUCGAAACUUUUUGAAGUUUGUGGUGCCACUGGAUAACUACGCUCGUCCUUCUUACAUCUCUGACUUAGCCGAGGUCCUAAAAGGCAGCCGUUCUUUCCCAAAGCUCCAGGAAAAGAAGUUACUUCUAGAGAGCGAUCUGGGUUUACAUAACUAUAAGGAGCGCUUUGAUCUACUACUGUACCUGGAAGAAGAUCAAAUGUGUCUAGACAUCAAGAGGUAUAACAAAGAUGAUGUGUCCAUGGUGAGAGACCGUGAGAACAAACGGCUGCUGGUCUUAGAGCUCCCUGGUGUAUCAGAGAACAGACCAUCAGUCCUGAGAGGAGAUCACCUACUUCUCACCAAGAGUGAAGAGGUUAAUUUCUCAACUGUGACCAAAUACAAAGGCUACGUCCAUAGAGUGGAACUGGAUCAAGUCAAGCUGGGCUUCUCUCAAAGACUACUUAAUGGUUUCAUAGAUAAUAUGAAAUUCCACGUGGAGUUCACAGUGAAUCGUCUCCCGUUAAAACUGCAACACAGAGCAGUGCACAUGGCGGUCCAGCAUGAAUUAGGUGAUGUGCUGUUCCCUGUGGGCUCAAGGAGCUUGAACCCCGUGCAUCCACCUGCACUGAGGCUGUUUGAUCAAAAGCUGGAAAAGAACGAUGAACAGAAAAAUGCAGUAUGCAACAUUGUGGCCGGUACGUCCAAGCCGGCGCCGUACAUGGUGUUUGGACCUCCUGGCACUGGUAAAACUGUCACGAUCGUGGAGGCCAUCAAACAGGUGGAGAAGAAUAUACCUGGUGCCUGCAUCCUAGCUUGUGCUCCAUCUAACAGUGCAGCUGAUCAGCUGUGUGAAAAGUUGAUCACUAGUCAACAUGUUGAUGCACAGAAAAUAUACAGAGUCUAUGCCAGCUCACGUAAUCCAAGAGAUAUCCCUAAAGUCCUAGAGAAAAACAGUAAUCUGGAGGGAGAGAUUAUUAUUUUCCCAUGUAAAGAGGAUCUAAUGUCCUACAAGAUCCUGGUCUGCACUCUGGUCACCGCUGGCAGACUGGUCAGCGGGGGUUUUCCUAAAGGUCAUUUUUCACAUAUCUUUGUGGAUGAGGCAGGACAUGCUGUGGAGCCAGAGACCAUCAUCAGUGUGGCAGGACUGCUGAAUGCAAAGACUGGACAGCUUGUUUUGGCCGGAGAUCCUAAGCAGCUGGGGCCAAUCCUGAGAUCUCCUUUUGCCAUUAAAUACGGACUUGGUCUAUCCUUGCUGGAGAGGCUGAUGACACAGAAUGAACUUUACCAGAAAGGUACUACCGGAUAUGACAACUGUUAUGUAACCAAGCUGCUGCGCAACUACAGGUCUCAUCCAUCCAUUCUGAAGAUUCCUAAUGAGAUGUUCUAUGAUGGGGAGUUGGUGGCAUGUGCAGAUGAAAUUAUCUCCCGCCAGUACUGCACGUGGGAGCACCUUCCAAAAAGAGGAUUUCCUGUGAUUUUCCAUGGAGUGAUCGGAAAGGAUGAGAGGGAGUCGAACAGCCCCUCCUUUUUCAACACUUCUGAAAUUGAUAUCAUAAUUGACUACCUGAAGAAGCUGCUCCUGACACAGGCCAAGAAGGGCAUUGCAAAAAUCUUCCCCAAAGAGAUUGGCAUUAUCGCCCCCUACAGGAAGCAGGUGGAGAAAAUCAGGAAGGCCAUCAAGAUGCACAAGGAUCUUAAAUCCUGUUCGGGUAUUGAGGAGCUGAAGGUUGGCUCCGUGGAGGAGUUUCAAGGUCAGGAGAGGAAAGUGAUCAUUGUGUCAACUGUUCGCAGCGACAAGAACCACAUCAAUUUGGAUGAAAAAUUCAACAUUGGGUUUCUGAAGAAUGAGAAGAGGUUUAAUGUGGCAGUGACGAGAGCAAAAUCCCUGUUAAUUAUGGUGGGAAACCCCAUCAUUCUACAGAGAGACGCAGCCUGGGGCCGGUUUAUUAAUUACUGCAUUGAGGAGGGAGGUUAUACGGGAUAUGAUAUUUCCAAUUUGGAGGAAACAGAGGCGGUUGUUGAGCGCCUGCUCGCACUAAACAUCUGUGAGGAGAUCAUAGUGGAAACAGAGGAGAGUGUGGUCCAGCAAUAUCUGAAUCCUGAGUGGAGACAUGACCAUUAGAUGAAGUGCCGCCAUUAAAGUGCCUCCCAUUCCCAUUCAUAGCCUAACCACACCCCUUGCCCUUCCUCCUGAAGUUAGACUUCAUUUUAAUGCUAAAACUGGAUUAUGAUAUGUAAACAUUGCGUUAAAGUAAAGGGGUAUUUUGUUCUUAGUAAUCGGUGCUGUAAACGUUUGAGAAACUUCAGCAUCCAUAAUACACUAGACUCAUUCCUGUAUGGUAAUAUCACGGAAAAUUCUCAGGGCUUUGCAUGCCGUGUCACCUAUAAUGAUUGAAACGUUGUAUUAUAUGUUUUAAUGAAAAUGCAUUCAUCUGAAAUCCUCCGCAGUUGGAAUACAUGGUUGAUAAUUCACUGGUUACUGCCAAAAAAAGCCUUGUUUUUAUAAAAUUAUCAAACAACAGAAAUGUUAUUUUAAUUGGUGUUGAUAAUGGUUUUGUUUGUGGACCCACUGGAUUGUCUGUAAAUUGCAAAUAGAGUUGAAGGAUUGCAUCAAUGCAUUGUCAAACACAUCAAGACUUUUAAUGGAAGUAUUGUAAAAUGGAGGAUGUUGAAUCACACAUUAAUGUAAAAUUUGUACAUGACACGUAUGGGUUGUUAUUGACCAUUAAACUGUAUUACGCCUUA